CUCCACAGUCCACUGUCGCUCUGACAGCGCAUCAUGCGCACUGGCUCCAAUGGCUGAGUUGUACCCGUCCCUGGCCCAAUGCGCCAUUGUCGCAACGGCCUUUAAGAUUCUCCUAUUCCCUGCUUAUAAAUCGACCGACUUUGAGGUUCACCGAAACUGGCUUGCGAUCACCAAUUCUCUCCCGGUGAAGGAUUGGUAUUAUGAGAAAACUUCGGAAUGGACGCUCGACUAUCCUCCCUUUUUCGCGAUAUUUGAAUGGGUGCUAUCCCAAGCCGCGCGCUACGCGGAUCCGGCGAUGCUGGUGGUCGGCAAUCUGAAUUAUGAUUCAUGGCAGACAGUUUACUUUCAGCGCGCCACGGUCAUUCUCACCGAACUUGUCCUCGUUUACGCACUGAGCCGGUAUAUCAAGUCCGUUCACUCCUCGAACAGGCAGCUUGCGCACAUCGCCAGUCUAUCCAUCUUGCUCUCGCCCGGCCUCCUCAUCAUUGACCACAUCCAUUUCCAAUAUAAUGGUUUCCUCUAUGGCAUCCUGAUCUUAUCGAUCGUCCUGGCCCGGAAGCAGUCGACGCUCCUUCUCAGUGGCAUCACCUUUGCCAUCCUGAUUUGCUUGAAGCACAUAUACCUAUAUCUCGCUUUGGCCUACUUCGUUUACCUGCUGAGAGCAUACUGUCUGGAUCCCAAAUCCGUCUUCCGACCCCAAUUUGCGAACAUCUUCAAACUCGGCGUGUGUAUAAUUAGCAUUUUUGGCAUAGCUUUUGGUCCGUUUGCCCAAAUGGGCCAGCUGCUCCAAUUGAAGGACCGGCUGUUCCCGUUUUCAAGAGGCUUAUGCCAUGCCUACUGGGCACCGAACGUGUGGGCGAUGUACUCAUUUGCGGAUCGCCUUCUCAUUCAGCUUGCUCCCCGCUUAGGCCUCCCAGUCAAUCAAGAAGCUCUGGUCAGCGUUACCCGUGGUCUUGUCGGAGACACUUCCUUUGCUGUCCUCCCCGAGGUGACCAAGGAGCACACAUUCAUCCUCACCCUUCUGUUCCAACUGCUCCCGUUGGCCAAGCUCUGGCUUCGUCCCGACUGGGAAACCUUCGUUGGUGCCAUUACUCUCUGCGGAUAUGCCUCUUUCUUGUUCGGCUGGCACGUCCAUGAAAAGGCCGUGCUCCUGAUUAUCAUUCCGUUCAGCCUGAUCGCGCUGAAAGACCGACGAUACUUCAGCGCUUUCCGUCCUCUCGCAGUGGCGGGCCAUGUCUCGCUCUUUCCUUUGCUCUUUACGGCGGCCGAGUUUCCCAUCAAGACGGUCUACACCAUCUUGUGGCUGGUUUUGUUCCUGUUCGUGUUCGACCAGGUAGCGCCCGUUCCCGAACGACCGCGAUACUUCCUUGCCGACCGCUUCUCCCUGCUUUACCUCACUGUCGCGAUCCCACUGAUCGUUUACUGCUCCCUGAUCCACCAGCUGAUCUUUGGCCUGGGACGACUCGAAUUCUUGCCCCUGAUGUUCAUGAGCAGCUACUCGGCUCUAGGCGUGGUUGGCAGCUGGGUCGGAUUCAUGGUUGUAUACUUUACCGCAUAACAUAGUAUAGAAUCCAAAAGUUUUCC